AUGAAAGCGGACUAUUGCAGCCAGCAGAAGGAAAUCCCGGUCUUCUACGACUACCGAGGCAAUUUGUGCACCGGCACCUGCGAGAAGGGAGGUUACAGCUACAACUGGUGCUACAGUCGCAUGGCUUUAGAUAUUCUCGUAGAUGAAGGAUGGAUGAGAGAUGCUUGCUCUGUGUCAGCGACUUGGGGCUACUGCUCCCCUUCGAACGAUGUUGACCGCUACGGGGAAGAAUGCAAGGAGGAAUGCCAGAGUAAAGACAGCAAGGAAUACACCUGCCUGAACAAGAGGGGCGUCAAUGAAUGGUGUGGCACCAACGACUUAGACAUUGACGAUUGCGACCAUCCUCAUGGAUUAUCUAAGAGGCAGGCAGGAGGAGGGGAUCUAAAUCAACCUAAUUGCGAGAGGCAGCUCCCUGACGGAAACCACGUCAGUCGUGUCCGACUGGACUACCAGGGUUUGGUAAAUAACAACAGGUUUGUGAAUCUGCAGCUCCAACUCAAUGGCGUCUACAGACGAAGCCAGGAAGAUAGCACCACUGUGGCGCAAGUGCACAUCCCCCUUGGCACAUACAUUCCCACGCGCUUUAUUAGACAUGCCCUUCUCCUCAGCUAUCGCUACCGCGUUGUCAUCCAGCUCGAGAUUCAACGAAGGAGCUAA